AUGACUGAAGAUUCUGGCCCUAGUUCAGAACACCAAGAAGGGGAUCCUACCCAAAAAAGUAUUGAUCAAUGUACACUCAAAGGGAAGAAAAGAGUGGUUUCAUAUAAGGAUGUGGUGUUGCAGCUGAAUGGAGAGGAGGACGAGGACCGCAGUGAUGACGAGGACUGGAUAACUAUCCAAAAAAAGGAGGAAGAGGAAGAUGGAAAGAUGAUGGUAGAAGAGGAAGCGAAGCAGGGAGACCCUCUGUGUCCUGUCUAUAAGGUUUGUCCUAUACAGUAUAAGGAGGAUUGUAAGAAGUGGAGGAAUGCAUUAAUCAUCAAACUAUUAGGGAAGAGGAUUAAUAACAGGUUCCUAAUGGCUAGAUUGCUGAAACAAUGGUGCCUUCAAGGAAGGUUUGAGAUUAUUGACCUCGAAAAUGGGUAUAUCCUUAUUAAUCUCCACAGUGAGAAAGAAUAUUUCCAUGUUCUUCAUGAAGGACCUUGGGUUUUUGUUGAGCACUAUGUAACGGUGCAGAGGUGGAGACCGAUGUUCGACCCUUAUGAUGAGAAUAUUAAAAGAAUGGCAGUCUGGCUGAGGAUUCCAGGACUUCCAAUAGAGUUUUACUCAAUGCAGAAUCUAUGGAAGAUUGGCAACUUAUUUGGAAAAACUCUGAAGAUAGAUAGAAACUCUCUGAAGAAGACAGACGCAGGAGAGGGGGAAUAUACGGAGAAAGGCAAAUAUGCCAGAAUUUGUGUUGAGGUAGACCUGAGGAGAAGUUUUUUUAUCCAAAUUUGA